CAUUUAGCACAUGUAAAAAUAGGCCAUGCGCAGUGCAAGCCGGCUGCGAUGCCUCGGCCUGCUCUGGCUUGCGCUCGAGCUCGACCGCGUGCUGGCGGUCGUGAGCCUGCCCAACCUCGAGUUCAACGCUGCCACGGGCCAGAACGCAUAUGCAAGCAGCUACUUCAAAUUCGACCUCAACCCAGUCCUCGACAGCAAGUACAUUCCCAACAACGGCAUCGAUGGCCUCGUCGUGCAAUCGAGCUGGUGGUCCAGCGGCAAGACGAACGAGUCGGUCUUUUUCCAGGUCAAUUUCACGGCCGAGUCGCCGGUCAUUAGCAAGGUCGUCCUGCGCUGGCACGGCUACUUGGCCGCCAAGGCGUACACGAUCAGCACGUCCUACUCAGGCUACAACCGCACGUUCGUUCUCUACAACACGUACGAGAAUGCGUCGACGGUCUGGGACCGCGUCGACGUCGUCCGGCCCGCCAGCAACUCGUCCGCGCGCUUUUACUAUCUGCGCGUCGACAUGCUCUCGCCAGCCAGCUGCGAUCCCAACAACGUGCUUGGCUGCAGCCGCCGGCUCGCGGACCAGGGCCCGAUCUACGGCAUCCGCGAACUCGAAGUCUGGUCGGCCUCGCAGCUCUCCGGUGCGGUCGUCGCCGCGCCGUCGUCGCUGCUCGCUGUCAUGCUGCUCAGCAUCGUCGCUAGCCUAUAG